AUGUCAGAAACACAAACACACAUUGUUGCUGAUGAUUCUGAAGAGUUUCUCUCUUUGAGUUUAGGAAUAGGAUCUUCAUUCAAAUCCCUCGAAAAGAAGGAAUAUGGAUGCCGAUUUUGUCACAGGAAGUUCUCGAGUUUUCAAGCUUUAGGAGGACACCAGAACGCUCAUAGGCGUGAAAAGAUGCUUUCAAAAAUUGAAGAAUUUCAAAUGGAAAAUUAUGCUCAACAUUUUUAUCCAUACUAUGUAGGGUCAACUUUUUAUCAUGGAAUUGGAAAUCCAUCAUGGCCUCAAUAUGCCAUGAUGAAUAAUUCUGGUUGGAAUAAUCCAAUUCCAAUGAAUAAUAAUGUGGGAUUUGGAAAUUAUAAUGAAGCUAAUAAUCAGAUGCAAGUUCCUCCAUAUGGUGCUGGUCUUAACAGUGUCCUAAUGGAAAAUAACAAUCCUUAUGUCCCAAAUACUCAUCAAAUUUCAUCCUCACUACCUGAUUUGCGCCUCAGACUUUAA